AUGAGUUCUGACAACUCGGAGUCUCAAGCUUCUACCUCCGCCGCAACUGCCUCCGCCAGUCCGGCCGUAGAUAUCUCCGCGUUCUCGCAGCUGCCUCAGCUCCUGCAGGCUCUGAUACAGCAACAGCAACAGCAGCAGCAACACCUCCAGCAGCAGACCACCGUUUCGACUGCUCUACUUCAGCAUCUGUCUCAGCCGAGUCAGCCUCCCGCUCCGGCUUCGGUUUCUCCCGGGAAUUUUCCCAAAUUACAGCCUUUGGAGGACACCGACGAUGCGGAGGCUUGGUUCCUUACCGCCGAACGCCUGCUCAUUGGUUACGGCGUGCCUCCCGAUCGGCCAGCCUUGGCGAUCGUACCCCACCUCAAGGGCAAAGCUCGCAGUGCUUACAAUAAUCUGCCCGUGGGUGACUCGAAGGAUUUCGUUCUCAUCAGAACUGCAGUACUCGCGCGUUUCCGAUUGGACGCGGAGGAGUAUCGCCUGAAGUUCAGGUCCAUAAAUUUGUCCUCGCCUGGCGAGACGUACAUGAAACUCCACCACCGGCAGAGGGAUUUGUUCGAAAAAUGGAUCACUCACGCAAUUGCGUCUGGAGGCACAAUCGAUGUUCCGUUCGUGACUGACCAGAUAGUGCGCGAGCAGCUGCUCUCCACCCUGCCUGCGGAAGUGCGCCGGCAUGUACGGGAGCAACCACGAGUGAGUGCUACUGACACAGGCAAGCUGGCUGACGCGUUUGCGCGCGCGCAGUCAGACCUGAGCCGGACUGCUCCACCGCUAGGAGGUGCUCCAGUAACAGUACACGCCGUCCAGCAUCGUGGGUCAUCUGGCAAACCUACGUCCUCCGAACGUGGUUCCACCUCUAACGCCUGUGGAUACUGCGGAGGCAAAUCCCACGCACGCUCAGCCUGCCCGGCACGCGAAAAAACGUGCAACAAGUGCAACAAGCGCGGGCACUACGGCGCUGUCUGCCGCUCAUCCCGCCAUGCCCGUGCGCUAUCGGCCGAGUCUUUGCCGGGCACCGAUGCCGUCGCUUCUCCCAGCUCCGUGUCUGAGGAAUCUAUUGAUCUGGUCCCCAUCUACGUUGGUGCCGUAUCCGCGCACCCUCCCAGCUGGCAGGUUCAGCUCACCAUCAAUGGCACCACCGUUCCAUUCAAAGUCGACACCGGUGCCGAUGUGUCUGUCAUCUCCGAGGAGGUCUACAACUCCCUUAGCACAUCCCCGCAGCUCCAGCCUUGCCGGCACGUUCUCGUCAGUGCAGCCAACACCAACCUCGAGACAUUGGGCCUCUUCUCCGCGCGGCUCGUCUUUCCCACCUCUGGUUCUUCACACACUUGCACCGUGUACGUUGCCAGAGGCCUGCGCGUAUGUCUCCUAGGGGGCCCUGACUCCGUCGCUCUUGGUCUAAUCAAACGUUUGUUCUCCAGCGACACCGCGUCCGCUACACCACUUUCGACCGCUCCGGAGCCCAGUCAAUCCACGGACGAUGCGCCGGGUAGCUACUCCUCAGCUCCCGCCGAGUCAGAACCUCUGCCUCUGACAACUCCUGGCGACGCUAUCCCACAAGACAUACGGCAGGAAUUUCCGUCACUCUUCUCUGGUCUUGGGUCACUCAACGAGCCGUACAACAUCGAGCUCUCACCUGAUGCCAAGCCAUCGUGUCUCUACGCUGCGCGAAACAUCGCACUGCCGCUCCGCUCUAAAGUGGCCACCGAGCUUCAGCGCAUGGAACAGCUUGGUGUAAUCCGCCCUGUCGUGGAGCCCACUGACUGGUGUGGUGCAAUCGUGGCCGCACCUAAGUCCAACGGCACGGUACGCAUCUGUGCUGAUCUGAAACCUCUGAACGAAGCCGUCCGACGGUCACACCAUCAGCUGCCAACAGUAGACGAAACUCUUGGCCAAAUCGGCGACUCAACGGUGUUCACGAAGCUCGAUGCCAACAGCGGGUUUUGGCAGAUCCCGCUGGACAGUCCCUCCCAGCUUCUAACCACCUUCAUCACCCCCGCUGGUCGGUUUUGUUACACGAAGUUGCCGUUCGGCAUUUCCUCUGCGCCUGAGAUAUUCCAGCAGCGCAUGUCGAAGAUCCUGGCUGGCCUGGAGGGUGUGGUCUGCCAAAUGGACGACAUCCUUGUCCAUGGCCGCACUCGUGCCGAGCAUGAUAGUCGUCUCUACGCGGUGCUCCGACGCCUGGUGGGUGCAGGGCUAACCCUCAAUCCGUCGAAGUGUGAGUUCGCCGCCUCCGACCUGUCCUUCUUGGGAGUGCGGCUCACUGCUGCCGGCAUUCAACCAGGUGACAGCAAGACCUCUGCUAUCCAGCGCUUCCGUCAGCCUCAAACCGUCUCAGACAUCCGCAGGUUCAUGGGUCUGGCGAACCAACUGGGAAAGUUCUCUCCCAAUCUCGCCGCCCUCAGCCAGCCACUGCGAGAGCUGUUGUCUAAAGGUCGCGCAUGGACUUGGGGUCAACCACAGCAGGCAGCCUUCGACAACAUCAAGGCAGAGCUCUGCAAGCCAGCCUGUCUGCAGCGCUACGACCCCAACUACGACACCAAACUAUCUGCCGACGCCUCGUCCUAUGGCCUCGGUGCCGUGCUCUACCAGCGCCGGUCCUCAGAUGAUGAGUGGUGUCCCGUCGCUUGCGCAUCCCGGUCUCUCACAUCGGCCGAGCGCAACUACGCCCAAAUCGAAAAGGAAGCUCUCGCGAUCACUUGGGCUGUUUCCCGCUUUGACACUUACCUGCUUGGCAUGGCGUGCUUCCUCAUCGAGACGGAUCAUAAGCCUCUCGUACCUCUUCUCAGCACGAAGCGCCUACACGAUCUCCCAGCGAGAGUCCUGCGCUUCCGACUCCGCCUGGCACGAUAUCACUACCAGAUCAUUCACGUUCCAGGGAGCUACCUCACCAGCGCCGACGCUCUCUCACGCGCCCCUCAAGACGACUCCCCGAGUCGGGAUGACAUCACCAUUCAGGCUGAGUGCGACGUGUUCGCUACUAUCGCAGUCGAGAAUCUAGCCGAUCAGACCGUCCCGACGCAGCAGGUUAGAGACGCCCAGCAACAGGACGCUACAUGUCAGCAGCUGCGAACCCUCAUCCUCGACGGCUGGCCCUCCGCUAUCCGCGAUGUACCGCAGCCCCUCCGUGAGUUCUGGCCUGUCCGCUCUGACCUCGUCCUGCUCGAUGGCCUGAUUAUGAAAGGCUCCCGGAUCUAUAUUCCCCAGUGCUUGGUGGCCGAUACUCUUCAGCGUCUUCACGCCGGUCACCAAGGCGUCACCCGUACAACCCAACGCGCCACAGUGUCAGUCUGGUUUCCUGGCAUCACCGCACGCAUUAAGGCUCUCGUGCAAGAUUGUAGCACUUGCAAGGCCUUCCGCCCGCCGCCGGUCGAGCCACUGCUCGCUCACCCCACACCGCCUCGCGCGUGGCACACCAUUGGCGUGGACCUCUGCCAGCUCGACCGCGCUCAGUACCUGGUGGUGGAGGACUAUUAUUCCCGCUAUCCAGAAAUUGCAUCCCUCACUUCCACGACAUCAGCACGGAUCAUCGACCAUCUCCACUCAAUCUUCGCCCGACAUGGCAUUCCAGCAGUCCUUCGAUCGGACAACGAUCCCCAGUUCUCGUCCGCUGAGUUUGCCCAGUUUGCAACCAGGGCCGGCUUCCGUCACAUCACGAGUAGCCCUCACUACGCACAGUCGAACGGCGAGGUUGAGCGUGCCGUCCGCACCGUGAAGGCGUUCCUGAAGAAGUCCGCCUCAGCAGCUGACUUAUAUGAUGCCUUGCUGGCAUAUCGGUCGACACCCCUCAGUUUCGCGCCGUACAGCCCGGCGGAGCUACUCAUGGGUCGCCGCCUCGCAACGCCGAUUCCAUCACAGUCAGCCCAGCUCCAGCCCAGCUCAGUGGACACGGAUGCCUUCCGUGCAGCCGACACAGCGCAACGCCAGAAGUCCGGAGCUCAGUACGACCUGCGGCACAGAGCGACUAUCCUGCCCGCUCUCCCCCCAGGCGCGGACGUGAUCGAUGUCUCGACUCCAGGUCGCCGGGAGAGGGGUACAGUGGUAGCAAGAUCAGCUGAACCCCGAUCCUACAUAAUCCAGUUGUCAUCCGGACAAGUACGACGAACCCGGCAUCACCUGAUCGCUAUCUGA